GCUCCGGAGCUCCCAGAGAGAGAUAAGCCGGCUACAGAGGUAAGGGACGGGGACGGAGGGUGGAAGAGAGAGAAUCCUCUAAAGAGAGUACAGGAGGACACACAGGGGGGAAAGACAAAGAAGAGAGGAUAACUUCAAACACGGGGAAGACGACUAUAAGGGAGAGAUGGCUGAGGCACCACAGCAAGAACAGCAGCAGCAGCAGCAGGAGGAGGAGGAAGGAGGGGAGAAGGAAGAGGAGCAGCAGUCGAGCCCUGUGGAGAAGGCAGAACCGGAUGAAGGGGCUGAGGAACUGAAGGAGAUUGUCCAGAUGACCCCAGCUCGACCUCUGCUUUCCAUGCGGUCCAUGAGCAGCGUGGACCCAGAUGAUGACACACCCAACAUGAUUGUGUACAGAAAGAUUGAAGACAUUAUCACUCGCAUCCAGGAUGAGACGGAGGGUGUGCCCAUCAGAACUGUCAAAAGUUUUAUGACGAAAAUCCCCAGUGUUGUUACCGGUGCAGACAUUGUACAGUGGCUGAUGAAGAAUCUUUCCACUGAUGAUCCAGCUGAGGCAAUGCACAUCGGGAGUCUAAUUGCAGCUCAGGGGUACUUUUUCCCUAUCUCAGACCAUGUCCUCCUCAAAGACGAUGGCACUUUCUACCGCUUCCAGGCGCCGUAUUUCUGGCCAUCCAACUGUUGGGAGCCUGAGAACACAGACUAUGCUAUUUACCUGUGCAAGCGGACCAUGCAGAAUAAGACGAGGCUGGAGCUGGCAGAUUACGAGGCUGAGAACCUGACCAGGCUGCAGAGAGCUUUUGCCAGGAAGUGGGAGUUUAUCUACAUGCAGGCUGAGGCCCAGGUCAAGAUUGACAGGAAAAAGGAUAAAAUUGAAAGAAAGAUCCUGGACAGCCAAGAGAGAGCCUUCUGGGACGUCCACAGACCAGUGCCUGGAUGUGUUAACACCACAGAGAUGGACAUCAGGAAAUGCAGACGCAUGAAGAACCCUCAUAGAGUUAAGAAGUCAGUGUAUGGCGUGAUUGAGGAGGGAACAAGUCUCACAGUCCCAUACACACUCCUCGCACCACUGAGAAAAGGCACCAAGGAGGAUGUAGAGAAGGAGAUCUUAUUCCUGAACACUCAGCUAGAUCGUCACUGCAUGAAGAUGUCCAAAGUUGCUGAAAGUCUGAUAGCUUACACUGAGCAGUAUUUGGAGUAUGACCCAUUUGUGACAGCACCAGAACCAUAACCCUGGACAAGCGAUGACCCCACUUUCUGGGAUUUGGAGGCUAGUAAGGAGCCCAGUCAGCAGAGGGUGAAGAAGUGGGGCUUCUCCCUGGAGGAGGCCUUGAAAGAUCCAGCAGGACAGGAGCUCUUCCUCAAGUUUCUGGAAUCAGUUAGCUCAGAAAACCUCAGGUUCUGGCUGGCUGUACAGGACUUAAAGAGGAUGCCUCAGCAAGAAGUUGCACAGAGGGCACAGGACAUCUGGGCAGAGUUCCUGGCAGAGGGAGCACCCAGCUCCAUCAACCUGGACUCCCACAGCUACGAACGCACCAGCCACAACCUGAAAGACCCUGGACGAUACAGCUACGAAGAUGCACAGGACCACAUCUACAAGCUGAUGAAAAGUGACAGUUACUCUCGUUUCCUGCGCUCCAACCUGUACCAGGACCUUCUGAUGGCAAGGAAGAAACCUGAAACGGAGCAGGGGCGACGCACCUCCCUGGAAAAGUUCACUCGCAGUGUGGGCAAGUCACUGACGGGCAAACGACUGACGGGCCUCAUGCAGUCGUCCUGACAAGGCCUGGAUAAAGAAUAGGUGGAACCAUACCCAGAAGAGCUGCUUACCCAUGGGAAACGGGUGGAAAAGGACCCUGAGGUGGGCUUGUGUAGCUGUGGGAGAUAGAUGAGGGUGCCAAUCAAGCUUACACCACUGGAUUGGACUACUACCACAUGUGAAACUCACCUCAGAUCAGUUCAAGAGGACGGACAGCAUGCAAUAAGUCACCAGACCUGACACCAGUGCUGUCACAGUGUAGACGAUAAACAAUGCUACUCUUCUUAGGUUUCUACAAAAAAAAAAACCCGCCUGUACUAAAGGAGGCCAGGCUCAGUUGUUUCUCUCUAUCUACUCUCAUGUUAAUAUAGUAGCUGAAGAGGCUAUUGCUUUUACUUUCAGUGAUAUAAACAUGGAAUGCUUGAAUGCCUUGACAGAUGUCAAAUGAGACUUAGAUUAAAUGCUGUAGCUAGCUGUUUUAUCUCAUCAUUCACUAGGAUGAUAUAAGGGAACGAAACGUGGGGAACAGUUUACAGAUGCUCGACUGCCAGGUUGUGUAGUACACUAACUUUUGAGUGACGGAAGCUUUUAGAUCAACUUACUAUUGUAUGACACAAGAUAUGCCUCUGUAUGUUCAAUGCCUGUGUACUUGGUUACAGUGUGUGCUAACAUUUAAUGGAAUUCAGCACACUUGCUGCUUUUGUUUGUCUCCCUGCAGUUACAGCUGUGUAAUGUUAGUGCUGUAGUCGGUACAGUAGUAUGUGUUAGUAUGUGCAAAAGUAGCUACUAAUACUGAAAUGAAUACAAGCAUAAACUGAAAUGUCUGCUUUUCAAAACUCCAAGUAAAGGGCACCAAAUAUAAAGACAAUGCAUAUCCUAGAAAGCUAACAGAAACCAGUGUUAACCUGAUUAUCUGGACUUAUUUUUAAGCUACAAAUCAGUGAUUACUUAACUUUAAAUAUUGUGGACACCCAGAGGUGAAAAUCUUGUCAUAAAAAGGUAAGUUGAUGAGUUUACAAACAGUUGUAUUGCUUUAAAUGAGUGGGUGGAUAAAG